CGCCAAUUGACUUUGUAUUCUUUCUGCUGCUGCCCUGACAUUAUUCAUUUAAUUUUUCUUUCUCUUGAUACACAAUUGUGUAGCUGUCUAUGGCUUCCUUCUUUUGUACAAUCCUUCAUGUAUCUAAUUGCUAGAUGACUAAAGCCUCCCUCCAAUUGAGGAAGGCCCACAAUCCCGCGCCCUACUACCCCUUGUUCCCCUCUUAACUAUGCGCCCCGAAAACCCCCUCCCCCUCUCCCCCUGCUGGCCGGACACCGACACCUACAUAUCCUCCCUUCUCACCUUCGCAACAACCUCUACCAUAUUCCGCAAUUUAUGUGGAGGCGUACAUAUCCUCGAUUUCCUCACGCGCGUUCCAGAUCUCUACACAACCGUCCUGCCCCAGGACUGGAGGGAUUUCUUCGCGCACCAUGAUAUCGGGGUUAUCUUAGACUUGCUCUUGAGAGAUGACAUAACACCUCUUUUGCAGGAUUUUACAUCUCGGAAUGAGCGGAGUGAAGACGAGGUUGGCGGCGGCUGGAGAAAAGGACCCGUUCGUCCCCCGGAGAGUCUGCUGCGAUAUAUCCAUGAUAUACGCCGCCAUUGCCUCCAGCGCGAAUUCACGCCGUUACCUAUGCCAGCACCCGACAAAAAUAAAAGUUACAAUAGCAAUAAUGACAAUAUCACUAAUAAUAAUGAUAAUGAUAGUAAUUUCAACACCAUCCCCCGCCACAUCGCCGUCGGCAUGAAACCUAAAAAGGCGCACGAAGUCGCCCAUUUCGCGCGCUACGUCGACGCACUAUCCGACCACAUCGAGCAGCAAACAGGCGGGGCUGAGCGCAUCUCGCACAUUGUCGAUUUUGGCUCUGGGCAGAAUUACCUUGGUAGGACGCUGGCGAGCCCUUUAUAUAACCGGCACAUUAUUGCUAUUGAGCGCAAGCAGAUUAAUAUUAGUGGCGCGAUGGGGAAGGAUGUGCUUGCGAAGUUUCAGAAGUCGAAGAAGGACAAAAAGAAAGUCAAUGGCGAUGUUGAAGUUGGGACGGAGUCUGAUUCCGCGGUGUCGACGCCGCGGAGUGGGGAGCUGGCUCAUGUUCAGGGUUGGAAUGAGGAUGGGUUUGAUCCUGAUACGGAUGGAUGUGCUACCUGCUAUACUAAGCGGACUGCCCUUGACAAGGGGGCGGAGGAGGAAGACGGUUCCAAGGGGUCUAUGGAUUAUAUCGAACAUGAUAUCCAAGACGGCUAUCUCGAACCCCUAAUCAGACACGUUGUGGAACCAUCACCCCCUGCCUCAGCUCCAAACGAUCAAAAGCCACAGGUGGAAUGUACAUGCACAUAUUCAAAUUCGCUACCCGGCUCCAAAAAUUAUACCAACCCAGCCCGUGUGAUGGUCAUCUCCCUUCACUCCUGCGGCAACCUCGUUCACCACGGCAUCCGGUCUCUCCUGCUCAAUCCCUCCGUCACGGCCAUCGCCAUGAUCGGCUGCUGCUACAACCUCAUGACCGAACGCCUGGGCCCCGUAACCUACAAACUUCCCCUCCUCCGCUCUUUUCACCCGCGGCUCGAAACCACCUCCAAAGCCUACGACCCUCACGGCUUCCCCAUGAGCAAGAAGCUGGAAACGUAUCCGCACGAGGGCGGUAGUGGCAUCAAGCUGAACAUCACCGCGCGCAUGAUGGCUGUCCAGGCACCGUAUAACUGGGGCCCGGAGGACAGCGAGAGUUUCUUCACGAGGCAUUUUUUCCGCGCGCUGCUGCAACGGGUUCUGGUUGAUUAUGGCGUUGUUCCUGUUCCUGGAGUGGGUGUUCCAAUUGGCGAUGCACCCACGAAAGACGGGGUGAAGGGGGAGGUCCGCGGGACGCCGUUGAUUGUCGGGUCAAUGCGAAAGGCCGCGUUCGUCUCGUUUGCGGCGUAUGCGCGAGCAGCUUUUGCCAAGUUAUCGCGGGAUGCGCAUUAUGGCCAGGCUAUUCGGGAGAAGGUGUGGGGGCUGCCUGAGGAGGUGUUUGGGGAGUACGAGAAGCGGUAUGUAGUCCAUCGGAAGAAUCUGAGCAUCGUAUGGAGUCUUAUGGCGUUUAGUGCUGGGGUUGUGGAGUCCAUGAUUGUGGUGGAUCGGUGGUUGUUUCUGCGUGAGCAAGCUGGAGUCAAGGAGGCGUGGGUAGAGGCGGUAUUUGAGUAUCAGCAAAGCCCGAGAAACUUGGUUGUUGUUGGGGUUAAAGGGUGAUUGUGAUAUAUUUAUUAAUCUCCUUUUGCUAGGAGACUAUGUUACAGUUGUCUAUCGACUAUCGGGAGUUUGGCUGUCGAGUUGUACUGUGGAUAUAUUACACUCUCCUCCCACGUCCAAGUCCAACCCAGGCCCAAGGUGAUGGCCAUGGCGAUCACGCUGAGGCCAGCCUGCCUCUCAUCCUCCUGUUUAUUUACCCUACAAAAGUAUUAUCUCUCACCCCAAUUACCACUUCUGGCUUCUAAGUGGUUGAGAGGAAAUUCGCCUAAAUGCACUGGGUGUGAGCAGCGUCAAUUCAUCUGCUAGCAGAGCUCCGUGCAUGGGACCAGGACCAAAGUAUGUGGUAGGCUCAUUAUCAACUUGAUUGAUCCCAAGGAUAUAAUACCGAGACUACUAUCUAGUCCUAGUACGGCAGUCUAGUGACAAAUGUGACAAAUGGGUAUUUUAUACUAGUGU